AUGCCGGCCUCCAAACAGACCCCGGCCGCUCCUACGCCGGCAUCGCCUCGCAGCAGCACCUCAAAGUACACCAAUAAGGAUGGCUCCAAGUUCAUCUACGUCCCCAAGGGAACCUCGCCCUCGGACUCGUCCCUGCCCUCGACCCCGACCCGGGCAAACCACCACCCGUCUGCCCCCUCUCCGCCGCCGCCGCCGCCCGUCGACUCUCCUGCCCCGGUCGUGAACCGCAAGAAGCAGAAGCGCCGCCAAAAGGCCGCCGCAAAGGCCGCCGCCGAGCAGGCGGCCAAUGGCCACCCGAGCCCCGCACCGCCAGCUCAUCAAUCGUCUGAUGCUCCCGUCGCCGACGACCAAGAAGACGCCGUCCCCAGCGAGGACGAGGUCGAUUUUGGUGGUCCUUCUGCCGACCCCUCCUACCCGACGACCAAUGGCAACUCGGCGUCCGCUGGCAAGUCCAAGAAGAACAAGAAGAAAAAGAAGAAGCAGAACGCCGCCGAGUCACCCCUGCCCACGGCCCUGGAACCCAGGCCCAGCCAGCCUGUCGCUACGCGCGGGCCUGGAAUGUCUCGAGAUAAGAUAUGGAGCACGAGCAACCACGAGGAGCGGGAGCGCAUCAAGGAGUUCUGGCUUGGUCUCGGCGAAGACGAGCGUAAGUCGCUUGUAAAGGUCGAGAAGGAUGCCGUCCUCAAGAAGAUGAAGGAGCAGCAAAAGCAUACUUGCAGCUGCACCGUGUGCGGCCGUAAAAGGACUGCUAUCGAGGAGGAGCUAGAAGGCCUCUACGACGCCUACUAUCUCGAACUCGAGCAGUUUGCCAAUCAAGGCGAAGGACCCCCACUCAUGGCCUCAACCACGCACGACUUCCCCAUCCAAACCUCACGCCGCCUCCCAUCGGGAUAUGCCGCCCAGCAACCGCCGUCGCGCGGCAGGAUAGUCGAGCAUGUCGGCGACGAUGACGAGGACGAGCUCGAGGAGGUCUAUAGCGAGGACGAAGUCGAAGACGACGAGUACAGCGACGACGAGCCUCCCGAAGAAUACCACAACACACACGAACGAGACGUAGCCGAUUUCUUGACUUUUGGCAACAGCCUGCAAGUCAAGGGUACGCAGCUCCUUGACAUUCUUCUCAGCGCAUAUGGUAACAUGGACUUAGGCGGCAUUCUCACCGUGGCGGAUGACCUCCUUAAGAACGACGGUAAGCGCUUCAUCGAGAUGAUGGAGCAGCUCGCUGAGCGUCGCAUGGCGCGAGAGGAGGACGCCCGCGAGCACUUCACCCGCGGCGUCUAUGGUCAUCCCAACGGCUCAUACUCCAAUCCUCAUAGUCACCCUCCUCCGGAAGAAGAAGACUACGAGGAUGAAGAGGACGAGGAAGACGACUAUGAGGACAGCCAAGACGAGGAGUAUGAGGACGAAGAGGUAUACUCAAACCCUUCUGAAAUGCCGCCGAGGUUCCAUACUGAAUGCUGCUGCCAGGACCCCAUGACCGAGGAGCAACGCAUGGAGGAGGGUCGCCGAAUGUUCCAGAUUUUUGCGGCUCGCAUGUUCGAACAACGCGUGCUGUCCGCUUACAAGGAAAAGGUAGCCAAGGAACGCCAGCAGAAGCUGCUAGAGGAACUCGAGGAGGAGAGUCGCCAGGUCGAGGACCAAAAGGCCAAGAAGGCCAAGAACGCCCAGAAAAAGAAGGACAAGGCGGCUCAGAAGAAACAGGCCCUCGCCGAGGAGAAGGCCCGGAAGGAGGCCGAGCGGGCCGCCGAGGAGGCCGCGCGACUCGAGGCCGAGCAGAAGAAGCUGGCCGAGCAGAAGCAAAAGGCUGAAGAGCGGCGGAAGCAGAAGGAGGCCCAACGCAAAGCCGAAGAGGACGCGCGACUGAGGAGGGAGGCCGAACGGCAGCGACGAAUCCACGAGCAGCGAGAGAAGCAAGCCGAGCAGGAGCGCAAGGCCCGCGAGGCCAAGGAUCGCGAGAAGCGGCUCAAGGAGGAGCAGCGCUUGAGGGACAAGGAGGCGCGAGAACAGCGGGAGCGCGAGGCGCAAGAGCGCAAGGAGAAGCAGGACCGCGACAAGCGGGAAAAGGAGGCACGGGCGGCAAGGGCUCAGAGGGAAGCCCAAGAGGCGACCGAAGCUCGCGAGAAGGCCAGGGACGAGAAGGGGCACAAGGCACAGCCGACGAAACGCGGGCAGCAACACGCCGCCCCGGUGCCGGCCGCCCUUCCCCAGCUUUCCACCACGAACUCAACGGGCUUUGCCUCUCCGAAGAUUCCCGUCGCUACCCCGGCCAUCCCCAAGGCUCCGACACCGAUCCGGCCGCGGACCGUGUCGCAGCAGCCGGAGCCGGCACCGCAGAGCUCGACAACGACGAGCCAGGCGCCUGGACCGGGUCAAGCUCAGUCACCUCAUUCAGUCACUCCCAACCACGCCAGUCCAGGACCGAUCGGACAAGAUCGAAAAGUAAGCGGGGGCAAUGCUAUCGCCAUGCAGCAUCCCGCGCAGCCCACGUCGCCGCAAAGCUCGCAAUCCCGGCCGCCCAGUCACACUCCGCCAUACCAAGUCCCCCCGAUGGCGAUGCAACCGCCCCCGGGCCUCGCACACCAACGACCACCUGGAUUCUCCAGCCCCAUGGGGCAUGAGCCCAUGUUCCAGUUGCCGUACCGCCCCGGCCCAAACAUGAUGGUACCGCCGCCUGGCAUCAACGGCCCGGCGGGUCGCGGAUUCCCGCCCAUGCAUAUGCCGCCCCCUGGAUUCCCUCUUGGUGCCAGCGACCAAUACCCAAUGCCACACGGAUUUCCGGUGCCCAAGGACGUCCCGCCUCUGGCUCACACGCGGCAGGGCUCGACGGGUUACGACGGCAUGGCUCUGCCCGCGCAGCCCAUAGGACGCCCGGCCCCUGCUCCCAUAGGCAGACCGGGUAGUGUGAGUCACGGACAGGCACGGGAUGAGGAGGAAGACGCCAAGCAGCAUCUCGGCAGCCGCGCGCUGCUGGGCGACGACGACACUUUGCCCUCAACCGAUCUCAGUUUGGGCAGCAUACGCCAUCCACCACCUGGCCUUCGCGGCUUCGCUUCAAACUCGUUUGUCGAUUCGGGAUUCUCUGUGUCGCAUAGCCCCUGGGGCCUGCCUUCGGCAGCGGCACAGGCGUUCCCGCCCCCUGGCUUUGGAAACGCGGCAUGGGGCUCGCCAACGAUGCCUACUGGAUUCAACGUCGGAUCGCCUGCCGGGCUCGGCUCCACCCGCCCGGCUCAGUCGCGGCACGCGGCUCUGCGCCUGCUGCUCUGCCAAGCUUGUCAAGCACUGGGCAGCACGAGCAGUGCUGACGGAGACGGGUUCAUCGAUGUGGGCACCAUCAAAUCGCAGAUCGAGUCCCAGUCGGGCGACGCCAGCAUCAUGGAGCAGGAGCUGCUGAACCUGUGCGACACCGAGGGCAACAGCUCCAACGGUGGCGGCACGUUCGAGACGCGGCGAGAUACGGGCAGCCAGGGGAAGCACGGGAUCCGGUGGGUGCCGGAUCUCAACAACGGCCUCAACGCACCUCACCGCGCGGUUGGGGCCCCUGGGGAGAUCGGCAGCCCGCUCGUGGGUCAGGCGUCGUUGUGGAGCAUGUAG